AUGGAACAGCCAGCCUUCAAUACUGCCGUGCAGUUACUUAGGAGUAUCCUUCAAGGAGGAUGUUGCCCAGUCAUUGCGUGCGGAAACACAGCCAUUGCUCAUUCCGCCAUCCAACACGAACAAGUCAAGCAGGCGGGGGUGAAGCUGCACCAGAAGCAGCAUCACUCACUCGCGGUCGCCCCUUGUGAAGUGACGGGCGUGGCAUCAGUCCAGUGCGUGCACGGCAUAGUGGGCUGCCAUGCCGGUGAGCUCAUCAGCUGCCAGCAGUGUGAGGGUGGGGUGGGCUCUCUGUACCGCGGCGCCACCACCUGUGCCUCCAGCACCGAAAUCAGCAGCGGAGCGCUGCUCUGCGGCAUGGGGCUGAGCAUGGGGCUGAGCAUGGGGCUGAGCAUGGGCCUGAGCAUGGGGCUGAGCAUGGGCCUGAGCAUGGGGCUGAGCAUGGGCCUGGGCCUGAGCAUGGGGCUGAGCAUGGGGCUGAGCAUGGGGCUGAGCAUGGGGCUGAGCAUGGGGCUGAGCAUGGGGCUGAGCAUGGGGCUGAGCAUGGGGCUGAGCAUGGGGCUGAGCAUGGGGCUGAGCAUGGGGCUGAGCAUGGGGCUGAGCAUGGGGCUGAGCAUGGGGCUGAGCAUGGGGCUGAGCAUGGGGCUGAGCAUGGGGCUGAGCAUGGGGCUGAGCAUGGGGCUGAGCAUGGGGCUGAGCAUGGGGCUGAGCAUGGGGCUGAGCAUGGGGCUGAGCAUGGGGCUGAGCAUGGGGCUGAGCAUGGGGCUGAGCAUGGGGCUGAGCAUGGGGCUGAGCAUGGGGCUGAGCAUGGGGCUGAGCAUGGGGCUGAGCAUGGGGCUGAGCAUGGGGCUGAGCAUGGGGCUGAGCAUGGGGCUGAGCAUGGGGCUGAGCAUGGGGCUGAGCAUGGGGCUGAGCAUGGGGCUGAGCAUGGGGCUGAGCAUGGGGCUGAGCAUGGGGCUGAGCAUGGGGCUGAGCAUGGGGCUGAGCAUGGGCCUGAGCAUGGGCCUGAGCAUGGGGCUGAGCAUGGGCCUGAGCAUGGGCCUGAGCAUGGGGCUGAGCAUGGGCCUGAGCAUGGGGCUGAGCAUGGGGCUGAGCAUGGGCCUGAGCAUGGGGCUGAGCAUGGGCCUGAGCAUGGGGCUGAGCAUGGGCCUGAGCAUGGGGCUGAGCAUGGGCCUGAGCAUGGGGCUGAGCAUGGGCCUGAGCAUGGGGCUGAGCAUGGGCCUGAGCAUGGGGCUGAGCAUGGGGCUGAGCAUGGGGCUGAGCAUGGGCCUGAGCAUGGGGCUGAGCAUGGGCCUGAGCAUGGGCCUGAGCAUGGGCCUGAGCAUGGGGCUGAGCAUGGGACUGAGCAUGGGGCUGAGCAUGGGCCUGAGCAUGGGCCUGAGCAUGGGGCUGAGCAUGGGCCUGAGCAUGGGCCUGAGCAUGGGGCUGAGCAUGGGCCUGAGCAUGGGGCUGAGCAUGGGGCUGAGCAUGGGCCUGAGCAUGGGGCUGAGCAUGGGCCUGAGCAUGGGGCUGAGCAUGGGCCUGAGCAUGGGGCUGAGCAUGGGCCUGAGCAUGGGGCUGAGCAUGGGCCUGAGCAUGGGGCUGAGCAUGGGCCUGAGCAUGGGGCUGAGCAUGGGCCUGAGCAUGGGGCUGAGCAUGGGCCUGAGCAUGGGGCUGAGCAUGGGCCUGAGCAUGGGGCUGAGCAUGGGCCUGAGCAUGGGGCUGAGCAUGGGCCUGAGCAUGGGGCUGAGCAUGGGCCUGAGCAUGGGGCUGAGCAUGGGCCUGAGCAUGGGGCUGAGCAUGGGGCUGAGCAUGGGGCUGAGCUUGGGCCUGAGCAUGGGGCUGAGCAUGGGCCUGAGCAUGGGGCUGAGCAUGGGCCUGAGCAUGGGGCUGAGCAUGGGCCUGAGCAUGGGGCUGAGCAUGGGCCUGAGCAUGGGGCUGAGCAUGGGCCUGAGCAUGGGGCUGAGCAUGGGCCUGAGCAUGGGGCUGAGCAUGGGCCUGAGCAUGGGGCUGAGCAUGGGCCUGAGCAUGGGGCUGAGCAUGGGGCUGAGCAUGGGGCUGAGCUUGGGCCUGAGCAUGGGGCUGAGCAUGGGCCUGAGCAUGGGGCUGAGCAUGGGCCUGAGCAUGGGGCUGAGCAUGGGCCUGAGCAUGGGGCUGAGCAUGGGCCUGAGCAUGGGGCUGAGCAUGGGCCUGAGCAUGGGGCUGAGCAUGGGGCUGAGCAUGGGCCUGAGCAUGGGGCUGAGCAUGGGCCUGAGCAUGGGGCUGAGCAUGGGGCUGAGCAUGGGCCUGAGCAUGGGGCUGAGCAUGGGCCUGAGCAUGGGGCUGAGCAUGGGCCUGAGCAUGGGGCUGAGCAUGGGCCUGAGCAUGGGGCUGAGCAUGGGCCUGAGCAUGGGGCUGAGCAUGGGCCUGAGCAUGGGCCUGAGCAUGGGGCUGAGCAUGGGGCCUGAGCAUGGGGCUGAGCAUGGGGCUGAGCAUGGGCCUGAGCAUGGGGCUGAGCAUGGGCCUGAGCAUGGGGCUGAGCAUGGGCCUGAGCAUGGGCCUGAGCAUGGGGCUGAGCAUGGGCCUGAGCAUGGGGCUGAGCAUGGGCCUGAGCAUGGGGCCUGA